UCCAUCCGUCAUAUAAGAACGUCAUUGAGCUGCGAAUUUCUAUGUAGGCAAAUAUGACCAUCAGAUAACAUCAAGGAAGGAAAGAUCAAGUAGUAAGUACGGAAUUGCUGUAGAUAGUCGCAUAGCGGUUCUAUUGGCCGUAACCAACAAAAGGUCGUUAUAGUCACGAUAUGAACUCGUCCGGAUCGUUCAACGUGCGACCCUUCAUACUCUAUGCGUCGCCAGUCGAAAAAUACGGUACCAUAGUCGUCCAGAUGUUAACGCAACUCAAUUUUGUUUUUCUUUCCAGUCAGUUUUUCAUUUAUUUGUUAGAUAAGAUUUCUCCGCAAUCACUGUUUGAGAUGGAGACCACCCAUAACUGUUUGGAUUAAAUCGCUAAUUCCGUGACGCCAUCGACAGAGUACAAAAGCACGUCGAUCCGAAUUUAUUGUUUCAAACCUUCUCCCACUUUUAAUCAAGGUCCAAAGAUGAAUCUCAUCAAACAAAUCUUCCCAGUCUUUGUUUUUAUUUUAGUCAGUUAUUGGGCUGCAGCCGAUGAACUUUUGUCAAAUAGUUUAACUGAAUCCAGCGAACUGACGGACGAUACCAAUGUCAAUUGGAAGCAAGGAAUCAGUGGCCGGAGCACAGGUUAUUAUGGUAAUCAACUUGGGUAUUCUCAGCAUCUGCCGUCAUCCCAUCGCGGUUACAGCGGUUACAGCAAAAUUAGCUCUCGGGACUCGGCGUCCCACAGCAGCGGCAAUCCAAUCCACAGCACCAGCGCCGGCAUAAACAGCUACUCUUCAUUAUCAGGAUCGAGUCUAUCUGGUCCUGGAUACGCGUCUUAUUCACAAGGUUACCCCUCACCCGCUUACUCUGCUCAUUCUUACCCUUCUGCACCGAUUUCCUCCUAUCCCUCGUCCUAUCCCGUGCCCAAUUACGGACCUGAGGAUUUGGCGCCGCAUGAUUACGAAGAGCACCACCAAGAGAAGAACAAGUUUGCGAAGAAACACCUGGCUCUAGGUAUCUCUCUCCCUCUGAUUCUUGGUCCGCUGGUCGUGAUUGGCAUUUUGGCGCUUUUGAAUUUCCGCGCCGUUUUCACCGUUCUCGUCAUUCGAAGUCUCUGCACCAAUGGGCCCUUCAGGACGAAUUUCGGUCAACUCUGCUCAUUCGUCGACAAUAUCAACAAGCGUUCUUCGGACGACGUUAGCGGUUUCAAGAAUAUGGGCAGAAGAUCGCAGCACAAAUAUUCGCGAUUGAUGAGCCUCCUCAACAGCGCCAAGUUCAUUGCAAUGGAACAUCUUAAUACGAUGGCCGAGGAGUAACGAAGCCAAUUAAAUUCUGUUACAUUGCACACUUCAACUAAGUUUUCUCGGAUUUAUUGAUUUCUUAUAUGACUUGUUUAUUUCAGGGCGGGCAUCACGGGCAUCAGUUUUAAAAAGGUUUUACAAAAAAUCAUUGUUUCAGUUCGAACAUGAAUACAAAUUUCACAGUAUUUA